CGCGGACUCUCACCGCGGCAAACUGAACUGGAGUUGACGAAGCCAAACCCUCAGCCUCGCUCCGCUGUCAAUCUGCAGCCUCCCACGUGGUCCGCAGGGCGGGCGCAUCUCCACUAGUUGAACAUACAACCUUUACGGAGGCAAACAAUUGGACCCAUCGACAGUUGCACUUGCACACGCGUGGCGGCUACUCCCCGACAGGAAACAACGACCUGCAAGUCAGGAGGCGCUUCCUCUUGUCGCUGACAUCCAGAUCGCUCACAUCUGUGCGCGGCGUGAACCUGGUGCGCACUGCCGCCGGAGCUGGGUGUUGUGAGUGCGUUUGGGGCGCUGCUUAGCUGGUCCACAGACGUUGAUUACCAUUUGGCUGCAGAACUACAUCAACAAAACAAGUUGUUUUGGUGACUUUUCCUUUCAUCGAGACAAGCUUGGAGCAGGAUUUUAGCAUGGAUACAGCCAGCGACUCCGUCGGGGAGAGUAAGCCGGUGUGUCAGUGUGCCCCCAAGUCUGCGGUCCGGCGGUGGUUGCCAGGUUUCCCCAUCGCCUUGUGCCUGCUCAUGUCGCUGAGCUCCAUCACCGUGUGUCUCCUGAUGAGCCUCAAGACCUUCCAGCUGGAGAACCGACUGCAGAUGGAGAUGGACAAAGCAUCCGUCUUCAGCCCGCCGCACGGGGCUUUUCUAAAGGAGGACGGGACCCUGAUCCCGGAGCUGAGUCGGUCAAUAGGGAAGCUCGUGGAAGAGAAAGUGGUGGUGCUGAUGCCAAAAAUGAGGACAGCGAGGGAUGUUGGACAGCAAGAGUGCUCCUGCCCUCCAGGGCCUCCGGGAAAGCGUGGAAGGAUGGGAAGAAGAGGGGAACCUGGACCUCCAGGCAAGGCUGGACGGGAUGGAUACCCGGGUCCACUUGGCUUGGACGGAAAACCAGGUUUACCGGGUCCUAAAGGAAGCCAGGGACCAGCCGGCCCCAAGGGAGAAAAGGGUGACCAAGGAGACAUUGGGCCACGGAUGGUUUUUCCCCGAUAUGACCAUGGCUUUCUCUCUGGAGAGCAGUCCAACAGCUUUCAGAGACGCUUUCUGAAGGGUGACCAGGGCCAGGCUGGACCUGCUGGUCCUCCCGGUCCCCCAGGUCCUCCUGGUCCCCGAGGGCCCCCUGGAAACACAGGCAAGGAUGGGCCCCGUGGUCCUGCUGGAGAGCCGGGUUUUCCAGGCCGUGAUGGCAUUGAGGGAGCACAGGGAUCACCUGGGAAGCCGGGAGAAGACGGUGAGCCCGGCUAUCCAGGGUCACAGGGUCCUCCAGGGGUAAAGGGCGAGCCAGGUACAGGGGAAAAGGGAGAGAGAGGCAUGGAUGGACUCCCAGGAUUAAAGGGUGACAAGGGGGAAAUAGGAGAGCAAGGAGCACAGGGACCCAUGGGUUAUCAAGGUGAAAAGGGCAACAAAGGAUCCUCAGACAUCAUUGACUUCAAUGGGAAGCUUCUGGAUGCUUUCCAGGCGAUCAACACCAUCAGUGUUUCGGGCCCACCUGGACCACCUGGACCCCCAGGCCUUCAGGGGGAAAAGGGUGAGCUCGGUUUACCCGGUCCCGCAGGAGUUGAUGGGGAGAAGGGACCUAAAGGUGACAUAGGCGUGACAGGACAACCCGGCGAGAGAGGGGAGAAGGGAGAGAUGGGUCUCUCUGGGCCUGCGGGUAUGGACGGACAGAAAGGAGAGAAAGGUGGCAGCAGACUGGAUGACAACCUGGUUCAGAUGAUUUCCCAACCGGGCCCACCCGGCCCACCUGGCCCACCAGGAGUUCCUGGGUCCCCUGGAUCCACGGGGCUGCAUGGGAUGCCUGGCCCUAAGGGUGAGCCUGGAGCCGGGAUGAGGGGAGAGAAGGGGGAAACUGGUGCGCCUGGAUUCAGGGGACAAGAUGGGCACCAGGGUCCACCUGGGUCUGCAGGGUUGGUGGGACUUCCAGGUGCAAAGGGAGAAAAAGGCAGACCAGGCGAGCCUGGACUAGAUGGUUUCCCAGGUCUGAGGGGAGAUAAAGGUGACCGAGGAGAAAGAGGAGAGAAGGGUGACAGGGGAUCGGUGGGAAAGAGAGGUCUGAAGGGCCAGAAGGGAGAGCAGGGUCCUCCGGGCUUGGACCAGCCUUGUCCUGUGGGCUGUAAUCAGACCAAAGGUCUGUCUGUGGAGGCCGAGCUUUCUUCCCUUCCAGCUCCUCCUCUUCCUCCUUCCGGCCCUGAGGCCCCCUGUCCUGUGGGACACGAUGGGAUGCCCAUACCAGGCUGCUGGCACAAGUGAUGACUAACCAGCAGCAUUGAAUCUGUACAUAUUGAUCUGGUAUAUAUUGCAACUGAAUACUACAACAAAAGCCCACUCCCUUUUCAAACCUUUUUUUUUUGGAAAAACGUUUCUAUAAUAUAUUGAGAGUUUUUUUUAACAAGGAUAUUUUUGAGUCAACAGUAUUAUGAAAACUAGAGAUCCAGUGUUGGUGAGAAAGCAGCAGUGCUUUUCAAGACAAGGAACUGAACUGGCAGUGGGACUCUAACUUUGAAGGACAGUCCAGAUGAAGAGUUCCUUAUUAACAAAGUCUGACUUGCUGCCUGAUAGUAAUCAUGAACGCUGUUUGGGAAUGAUGGUGUGUGUGUGUGUGUGCGCACUCACCCAGUCACAAGGGCGGAUGGACAGAUCUCUUGGCAGAUGGAGGAGUGUGGGUCAGUACUCUCUUCUCCCCUCUGUGUUUUCUGAAAGGAGGACAUGUCGAGGCAGAAGCUCAAACGCAAGCGUCUCUCUCAGCCCUGAAGGGGUGCGGGGCCUGGUGGAGAAAGGACACAUUGACAGGCAGAGAGCACAAGGGGCAGGUUGGCCUUUAUAAAGCAGAAGAGCCGCGUAAGGCCUCCGUGUCAAACUGAACACUCAGAUCCUCCGUAAAGGAAACUCUCCAGGAGGGGGCGACAGAGAACACUGCGAUUCCACAUUCACCUGAGGAGAGAAGAUGCACAGUGACUGAUGGUGUUACGCAAUGGCUUGAUAACCAGUGGAAGUUGUUUGGGAGUCAAUGAUGUCACUGGCACAUAAAGAAGGAUUUACUGCACAGAUACAUUGAACAUGUCAUGGUGAACUCUUGUACGGCUCCUUUGUGAAGGUUUUCACUAAUUAAAUGCAUGAUCAUAACAAGGCAGAGUGUUGAUUAGCAUACUGAAAGCUAUAUGAUGUGUGGCCCCUCACUGAAACAUCAAAUGACAGUUGCAAUAAGCAGUCUUUAAUAGUCUUUCCAUUUGAACAAGUCACUCAGAAGAGUCAAGUAAGUCAACCUUUUUUUAGGGCUUACACUAGUGGCAAGGGUGACUUGUGUGUUGUUUUUGUUUUUAUUCCGUUAUAUUUUCUUUUCUAAUUUUGUCCAGAUACAUUUUGCAUUCCUGUGCAUUGGCAUGUUUGCAGAAUAUAGAGCUAGUGAAACUUUGAGACCGGAUUUGAAGAAACCAUUCACAGUAUUCAUGUUAUUUCAGUGUUUCAACAAGGUAGCCAAUCAGCUCCAACAUUAUCAGACUGGUUCUUUUUUUGCUGCCUUAACAAAUGAUUGUCGGUCAGAUUCUUUUCUUAAUAAUUUCCAGCGUGGCUGAUCGUUAUCUUUUAAUCACAGAUGAAGACAUCUUUAAUUACUGUUGCCAGUUUUACUGUUGGAAGUUCUUGCUGCUGACUUAAUGUGUGUUACUGUUUUUUGGAUUGUUUUUGUUUGGGGGUGGGGGGUCGAACCUAUAUUAGUCAUUUGGACUGAAGGACUAACAGACUAAAGUAUGAAAUUUGUAACAAGUGCAUACAGAACCGUUGUUGUUUUUCUCUUUUUGGUAAAUAUUCCUUUUAAUUCAGCAAUC